AUUCAAAAAAUGACCCUGCUGCUGGAGGGGAGUUGGGAGAGCAGCGGCUGAUGCUAACAGGAGCAAUGUGGCAGCUGCUGUGCAUAAAAGUGAUGGGGCCGAGGGGCUGCUGGGCUCACCAUGAAGUCGAGCGGGGGUGCUGCAUCCGACCUGGAGGAACUGGAGAGCGGCAGCAGCGAGAGCAGCUCCGGAAAAUCCUUGACUUCCACCGGAGCCCAAGGGAAACGCAAGCGGAAGAGCCCUCGGCUGAGCGGGCUGAGCAAGCAGAGGCAAGCUGCCAAUGCCCGGGAGAGGGACCGAACCCACAGUGUGAACACAGCCUUCAGCACCCUCCGCACCCUCAUCCCAACCGAGCCCGCAGACCGCAAGCUGUCCAAGAUAGAGACCUUGCGCCUGGCCUCCAGCUACAUCUCCCACCUGGCUAACAUGCUGCUCCUACAGCAGCAGCAGCAGCAGCAGCCACCGCAACAGAGCGAGAGCUUGGGGGAGGAACAGCUGCCUUCGAGGCAGCCCUGCUUGCAAUACCAGCCUCUCCUGCAGGGCGGUGGCACAGCAACGGCACCAAGACCAAUCUGUACCUUCUGCCUGAGCAACCAGAGGAAGCUGGUAAGGCUGGCAUCUAGCACUCAGUAACACCCCACCCCACAAACGUAUACACCGCAAGCUGUGGCCUGCACGGAUUGGGGUUGUUUUCAGCAGAGGUGUAGCAAGGGAGAAUUUUGCAGGAAGGUGAGCCUCUGCUCUGGUCAUCGGCUUUAAAGCCUGCGCCUGAACUGGCAUCAAAUUGAGGAACGUAUCAGAAAGGUGAACUAGAGCUUUCAUUUCCUCAGUGCGUCCAGUUGGGGAACCAAAAUAUGUACAGAACAGACAAUCCUUGUCUGGAACUGUUAGGGCACUAUGUGUGUGUGCGCGCGCACUCCUUCUUUUUAAAGCAUGUUCCUUACAAAAACUCACUCCCUUCAUGUGAGCAUUGCUUGAAUAAAUGUGCAAAAGCUGCAGUUUGCUUUGUGUUGUAGCUGGGAAAAAUAAUUUGCAUUUCCCUCUUAUUUUGGGGAUUUGCAUCAUCACCUGCCAAUUGUAACAUCCUGUUUACAUUUGGGGCCUUUGUGUGUUUUCCUUUUAUUUUGUUCCAUACUGUAUGAAGAUUUUUCUCUUUCUCUUCCUCAAUAGAAUAUUUUUUUUAAAAAAGAAUAUUUCCCCCCUUUCUUUUAGCUUCAUUGUGCCUGGUCUAUUUUAUAGCUUGCACUGAAAAGAAUUUAUAUACAUAAAUUUCAUAUUUCAAAACUGUCAGUGUUUGAAAUGUUCAGGCGUUUAAACCCCAACCAACCGUGAAGUGCACAGGUGAAGCUUAUCUCUGCUUUGGUGGCUAGGACCUUUUAUAUUAACAGGUAAAAUUUGGGUGAGAUGGCCACUGACAACUGAACUGAAAUAAAACUUUAAUGUAUGGUUUAUGUGCACUGCCUCGUUAUAAUGGAUGCCUUUAUUCUAUUUGCAGCACAGAGAAAGGGAGAAACACUUGUCUCUUUAAAAGCAUUGUGGACAUUGAUUCAGAAGAGAAGCUUGCACAAAUACCGGACUGGUUAUAGAACAGUUGUAGGUAACCUCUCUCUCUCUCUCUCUCUCUCUGCCACUUAUAUCAUAAUGUUUACAUUGAAAUCAUGCAAUUGCAUAAAAAAGGGAAAGGGGGGGGGAGGACUAACCCUGAUCUGCACUUUGUUUUCCAUUGCCAGAGGCUUAUUCAAAGGGGAUUUUUGCAGUUGAAACUGAACACGGUGGGGAAAGUUGCACCUGGCGUGGCAGCUAUUUUCGUGCAAGAAAUGCUAAACUUAAGCAGCCAAGCCCUGAUACUGAUGCCUCCUAGACCUAUGUCACAUGAUGGAACUUGAGCUGUCAAACACCCGGCGUCUCCUCUUAAUGGGAGACUCUCAUAAUGCACCCGGCUCAAAGCCUCUAGCUACCAUUGGACGGCUAAGCCAUGUCACACCGCCCUCUCUCUUUUUCAGCCAAAACCUCAUUGGCCUCUGCUAGCAGAUUCAAGGAUUUCCACUAAAAUUGCGCAUUAAAGGAUUGUACACAAAUUACAGGAGAAGCACAUACCCAAAGGCUAGAGCGGUUGUACCCAUUUUGUUUCUUGAUCAACACAGUGUGGUUCCUCUUGCCAGUCCGUGGGCCAGACAAGAAGAAAUUAAUUGCAUUUAGCAUAUUAUGUUUUUAUUCUAAAAAAAAUAGUAGCUGUGAGGAAGAUCAGGAGAGAACUGACAUUUCCCCCCUCUGCUCUACCAUCCUGGUGAAAAUACACCACCAUGAUCACGCACUGCUUUUACUUUCAAAGUAAAACAAAACCCAUUAAAUGCUUAUGUCCAUUUAAUGUACCAUUUAGUUUUUUCCCACCCCAGACGGUCACAGGGGGAAAGGGCAGGAAUUUCCUCUGUCCAGUCAAGAUUUGCUCAAAAUGAAUCAAAAUAACAUCCAUCCUGUGUCUCUCAAUCAUAGUCAGUCCAGGGCCAGAUCGCUUUUUGCUGUGUGUGAGAAAGACAAUGUAGUGUAGCGACAAGUAAAAACCUGUUGUGCUACAACCGCUUGCUUCUCCUCUCUCACAAGGUAGCUUAAGCAUGUCUAUUUUAUCGUCUCUCUACUGCAGAUGCUGAGGGAAGUCGUCAUGUAACUUUGUACCCAUGGUACUGAAAUGAGCAAAGCACCCCGAUGUCAGCUUCAGAACAAACCCAUCUUUGGCCAUGUGAACGUAGCCACAGACUUGCACCACAGCUCUGCUGUCAAAUCAGCUUAGCCAAAUGGCUCUGGAGGGAGAUGCAGCCAAACUGAGAGGAGGUUCUCCACUUAGGCCUGAAACUUGAGAAGGGCUGUCGAGUGACUCAGGCCAAUUCUUGAAACAGUGUGGGAUCUUUCUAAAUUUGUUCAUCAUUGAAGUGUGGAGCAGGGAAAGUUCCCAAGGGCCCUCUAAAUUUAUCUGCUCUCCUUGGUUACUCGCAAGUUGUGCCUGUACAUUAUCACUGGUGCUACAGUAUCUGACGGCUGGUCGACAUGUAAGCCUGCAAUCUUUAUUUUGAAUUAAGCUGAGCAAGUUUUGGGAGGGUUUUUUAAGCCACUUUUCCAAACACGGGCAGAAUAAUAAAGCAAAACAACAUUAGUUCACAGUAGAGGGGUUUCUAAAAUGGUCAGACAAAGCUUUCGUUAAGUAGACAUAUACAUUGUUUAGAGCGGGAAUAAGAGGUGUGUGCUUGCGCGUGUGUGAAAACAUUUUCGCAAUGUGGUAUGUCACCGUAACAUAUGGCCUCAUCUUUCAUAUCUAAAAGUAAUUAAUCCUACUCAGCUGGGGUGCUCGCUAGGUGACCUUGGGCCAGUCACUAUUUCUCAGUUUAACCCACCUCACAGGGUUGUUGUGAGAAUAAACUGGGGAUUGGAGGAGAACCCUGAGCAUCUUGGAGGAAAGCUGGGUUAUAAAUGUAAUAAAUAAACAAACAAACAAAUAAAUACAAAAAUCAGGAAAAAGACAUAAAUUGGGAAAAUCAGUCGAGAUUAACGAUGCUCCAAUAAUGAUUCCUCAGCAUUCCUAAAUAAUAAUAAUAAUACGUAUAUAUUAAUCCCUGAGUUAAGCCACAUGAAAGUAAUGCUCUGUGGCAUACAUUUCACAAUGUAGAUGAAUGUUUAAUUCUCUUAGCCAGGCAUCCCCAAACUUGUCUCUCCAGCUGUUUUGGGACUACAAUUCCCAUCAUCGCUGACCACUGGUCCUGUUAGCUAGGGAUGAUGAGAGUUGUAGUCCCAAAACAGCUGCAGGGCCGAGUUUGGGGAUGCCUGCUCUUAGCUAUCACAAACCCUUCAUCAUAAAUUUUGCUUAUAUUCAAGGAAGAAUAUAGAGCAGGUUGGUUUAACCCUAAGUAAACCUCUCCCCUUCGGUGAAGCAACUUUUGUGGUCCUACUCACAACCAUCCAAAUUUCUGUGGCUUUUCCUGACAGGAAGCUUAAAUACAGCUACCAGUUUUGGAGACAAAAUGAACCAGCAUGUCAGAGUGUAUUUUUUUUUAUUAAAAAACCUACUAAGCUAGGGUAUGUUGAUAGGCAGUUUGAAAGAAUAUGAAACACAUUCCACUUCUUCCUCACAGUCUGGGGGUCAGUGCCCUGUUUUGAUGGUCACUUCCCCCCUUGUGCCCAUGACAGCUCCUUGCUCAUAAUAAGUCAACUGUCAUAUUUCCCUUAAGCGGACUUGGGGAUUUUGCACACCUCUGACAAAGCUACACAGCUCAGACUGAGUAGAGGUGGCCUGCAUGAAGUUAACAAGCCUCAUGCUGACCCAUUUAUAACAAAGUGGUCAUCAUAGGCACAAGAAAAGCGUCAGCCAUCAGGUCCUAUUUAGUGACUGGUUCAUAUGAAUUUUGUUCACAUUUUGGGCAUACAUCCCUCCUUCAUUUUCUAUUGCACUCCUGUAAUUUUCAAAAUGUUACAUGCACUUUUAAUAAUUAUCUUUCAAUUGCUUUGGAAAGAAUAAUCAUAUUCUAAAGGAGGACUGGAUUAUGACCCUUUGUCAAUUCUAAAGAAAACAGGUGUUCCAAACAGGCCAAUUUCCCCACUAUUCUGUUGCAUUGGUUGGGAAAAAAUGCCCUUGCUGAAUGUUUUCUAUUUUAGAGCUCUUAAAGGGACAUAAGGGCUUUCUCCUUCUUAGAAGCUGAUGCCCAUGCUACUUAAUUUUUUAAAAGUCUUUUACAAUUGGAAUAAAUAUAGUCUGGUGUUCUUAUAUUUUUUUUUUACCAGAAACAGUAGACUAUUCCAUUACAGUACACUUCAUCCGCACUAUCCUUUCAUAAACAGGUAAAUAGCAUCUGAAUUAUAAGUACUCCCCACGAUAUAGAUAGUUAGAUAGAUGAUAGAUAGAUAGAUAGAUAGAUAGAUAGACAGAUGAUAGAUAGAGAUAGAGAUAGAUAAAUAAAUAGAUGUAGAUAGAUAUAGAUAGAUGAUAUAUUAAGCUCAUCCACCCAGUCUUUUUGAUUCCCCCCCUUUAAUUAUACAUAUAAUGUCAUAUCUAUAUAUGUGCAGUCCAGGUUUCCUUAAGUAACCAGCACAUGAGCAGGGACAUAGAACUAUGCAUAUAACUGUACAAAAAUACUUAGCCAUCAUGAAAUUAUGCUGCAGAAAUAUAGUCCCGCAUGGGACUUCAGUCCUUGAAAUGCAUGAUGGACAUACAUUUUGCAAAUAAUUUCGCUUUAAGAAAAAGCACAAGCAGCCCGGAUGCUCAAUGGAAGAGACAAUCCAAUAUGGGCAAAGCUCGAUUGGAACAGAACAGUCAAAUUCUGUUAAAAUGAAGUCGUCCUCUGUCCUUAAUCCUAAUAUUUAAAUAGCUCCUCCUGAACAUUUGGGUAGUUUUACAGUUCUUUCUACUGGGCCCCUGCAUGAAUAUUUAUGCUGAUAACUACUAACAGAAGUUAAGCGUUUGGUUUGUGAGAUCAUGAAAGUCAGCAAUCAAAUGAAUAUGACUCAAGGGAUUACUAUAUCCUACAGUGUAUAGUGAGGCAAGACUUUAAUCUUCAAGUUGUUCUAGCUAAGGCUCCCGAGUCCAUAAGCAGCUAUGCUUCUGAUGCUUCCCCACACCAAGGCCUCUCCAGGCAGCUGAGGGAUGCAGCCAACCUGAAGCAGACCUAAAGUGCAUCGCAAGCGCAUGAACUUGUUCUUAAGCAGCCAUUUACCUUCUGCCAAGGUUGUUGCAACUUUGCAUUGGCAAGACUGCAUCUGCUUCACACCCACAACUCCAGGAUCCUUUACAUUUUUGGGAUUUGGGGCUCUUUCAAUGUUAUUUUGGUGAUAACUGUCCACCUACAGCAAUUUAGAGGUCAGGGUUUCCAAAUACUAACCUUGAGACUCUGUGUCCACCAUUGGAUCUCUGAAUUUGCAGUUCACUACCCCACACACUAACCUUGUAGCUGUGUUCCUAUACGUGUGCACAUACUAUGCUGUCAUAGUUUAUGCAUUUUUUUUAACCAUAUGGGUAGAAAGAAGUAGUGAGUACCAUUUAUCUGCUGCAAGCCAACUGCUUGUUCUGGACAUGCAGGCUCCAACACACAGCUGGAACUCUCUCACCUGCAUAAUAAACCCCACUGUCAUGAAGAGGGGCUGUGCAAAAGGGUAUUCUUUGGAGCAGAAUAUCCAGACGGACUAUGCUGUAAAAUGUUUCAGUUCAAUUGGGUGCUAUCUCUUGAAUUUACACUUUUAAGAUGCCUCGUAUAGACCUAUGAAAAUAGAAGUGGAAAGCCUAGUUCUCUUGAAAAUGUACAUAACAAAGUAUGCUUUAUAUUGAUGUUGCUUAAUGUGCUAAUUUUCAAAUCCAAGCAUCUCUGUUUAUUCAAUGUACGGCUGCUAUGUAAGGCAGUUAAUGUCAUUCUAAAGCACACCAGGGCCGGUUAAAUCAGAAUGCUCAGGAAUAAAAUCUUACUGUGGUAUCCUAGGCUUUACUCAGCCUUACAGUUUACAACUUGUGUGGCAACAUGGAAUGUCAUGCAAGCCAAGGGCACAGAAUUCCAUGCAGGAGGUGGUAGGUCUUGCCAUUCCUCCUCAGCAAUCUGCUUGGUUUCUGUGCUGGGUUGGAGAAAAAGGAACCUAUUCAUCAGCUCUGUCCUUCCUCUUCCAGCCUGUCCAGAACCCUGCAUUCCCAUGUUGACUUUGAAGUAAGAGGGUUGUAUGUCUCCAUCACCAGCAUGGAAACAUAGUGGAAUAGCCUCUUGUCAGAGUUGUAAAAAAUAAAAUAAAAUAAAUAUUGGCUACUAAACUUUGUAGGCUUAUUCGCAAGGCUGAUGCUACUGAUAAGAGGAAAAUCAUUAACAUAUUUUUAACAAAAGCUUUUAAACAUACUACCUAACUACUACUAAUGGUUCAAAAUGCCCAUUUGUGCUCUUAUAAGAACAGCCAGGGUUGUUUUUUUAAAAAAAAUUAUUAUUACUGCCCUUUGGGCUGAACAGUAGUAACAAUGCCUGUGUAAAAGAGACAAGUUUGUUUAUAAAAGCCUGAAAAUUUCUUCUAAAAUAAAGUGUAUUUUUGUAAGACAGAUUUAACAUUAAAAUAAUUCU